AUGUGGAUGGUUGUGGGUGGCGACGAGGAGGCGGGCUCGGCCGGUGGUGGUCGUUGUUGCUGUCGAUGGUUGUGGGUGGCGACGAGGAGGCGGGCUCGGCCGGUGGUGGUCGCGGGCUCGGCUAUGGUUGCCUUGGUGGCCUUGAUGGCUAUGGAACAAUCACAAAGUAACCCACAGCCACAAGAUUCUCAAACUGGUUCAUCCAGAGCGGAAGAAGAGGGUGAAGCACCUAAUCCUGUACAACCUCUGACUCCUGCAACAAUGGGAGACAAAGGAAAGAGAAGAGCGAUUGCUGCUACUCCAAUUGGAAGUUAUUUUAAGGAAAGGACUAUGCCAGGCUCUCAACCAGCUUUGAAAAGUGUCUUGGCCAGUAAACAAGUUAAUCACAAGGUUAAGUUGGGGCUUGCAAGAUGGAUCAUUGAUGCACAGAUUCCAUUCAAUGCAAUUCAAUCGCCUUACUUUCAACCUGCCUUGGAUGGCGUUGCUGCAAUUGGACCUGGUUUCAAGGGACCGUCAUAUGACGAAAUGAGAGUUCAUUUGCUGGCCGAUCUUAAGAAGGAGUGUCAGUUGCUUGUGGAAGGUUAUAGGAGCUCGUGGAAAAGGACUGGUUGUACACUGAUGGCAGAUGGCUGGACUGAUCAAAGGCAGCGUACGUUAAUUAAUUUUCUAGUUUAUUGUCCUGCUGGUAUGUCAUUUGUUAAGUCUGUUGAUGCUUCUGAUAUGAUAAAAACUGCCGAUACCUUGUUUAAAUUGUUUGCUGAGGUUAUUGAGUGGGUUGGGUCUAGUAACAUUGUGCAUGUGGUUACUAAUAAUGCUGCAAAUUAUGUAUCUGCUGGAAAACUCAUUCAUGAAAAGUAUCCAAACAUUUUUUGGUCUCCUUGUGCUGCUCAUUGCAUCAAUCUUAUAUUGAAAGACAUAGCAAGUCUUCCUCAUAUAGCUGACCUUGCCUCUCGUGCUUCAAAAGUGACUGUCUUUGUUUACAAUCAUAUGAUUUUCUUGUCAUGGCUUAGAAAAAGAAAAGAAUGGAAAGAAAUUGUUCGACCAGGAGUAACACGUUUUGCUACUGUUUUCAUUACUUUGAAAAGUAUAUAUGAUCAUAAGGAACACUUGCAAGCAUUGGUGGUGGACAAAUAUUUCACUUCUCAUAAAUUAUCCAAGAGUGUCAAUGGGAAGAUGGUUAGUUCAAUUAUCUUGGAUAGUAAGUUUUGGGAGGAUUGUUUUACUACUGUUAUGCUUGUUGGUCCUCUAAUUAAGUUAUUGAGGCUUGUUGAUGCUGAUGAGAAACCUUCUCUGGGUAUCGUGUAUGCGGGCAUGCAAAGAGCCAAAAUUAAUAUCAAGACAAUGUUUAGAAAUAGGAAAUCUGCAUACACACCUUAUACAAGUAUCUUGAAAAUGCAGUGGGAUAAGCAUUUGAAGCGUGACCUCCAUGCAGCAGCAUACUUUUUGAAUCCAGAUUACUUCUAUAAUGGAGGAGAUGUGGAACUUGAUGUGGAUUUCCCUAAUGGUGCUGAUUCUUCAAAUACAGCUUCUUUUGGUGGUACUUCUGAUGAUGGUGGCUUUGGAUUAUCUGUAUAUGAUAGAGAUGUUGGAACACUUAAUGAUAAUUAUGAUUUUUGA